AUGAAUUCUUCGACAACUGGAAACAACUGCCAAGUGGCGAACGUUUCUGCCCCUGACAGCAACGAAGGUCCAAAUGAUGAUUCCAUCGCAGUGGUCUAUCAGAGGAGGAUGCCAAACCCAAACCAAGUGCUCAUAACGCUGCUUGAUGCACUUAAUGACAACAUUGCCGGCAAUGUCAGUCGAAGCGCAAGCAUGAAUUUAUUGGGUUCAUGCUACACACUACCCGAGGAAUCAGGUCUUCUCGAUUUGCACUCAGAGGAAGAACAACAGGUAAACCUAAAUUCCAUACUCGACCAAAUUCUUGCUGUUCUUGAGACCGGAGACUUCUUGGAAACAGGAGAGUCCGAAUACUAUCCGUCUGGGCCCGGUUCCCUCACCACCACUGAACUAAUGCAGUAA